UCGUCGAAGAGUUUGAGGUGAAAAGUAACCCAUAACAGGAGUCAGCUGAUUUUCUUACAAGAUCUACUCAAAGAACGCGAUUUUGGUGGUAGAUGCACUCGUGAGGUGGUAGAGGAGUAAAUCAGUGUUUCUUGCUUUCUAUUUUACGCAAUAAUAGACAAAUUUUCGCAAUACCAGGAUUCCGAGAUUAGUUGCAUUGUAAAUACCAUCAGUGAAGUUCUUUCUUUUUGAGACGCAGAUUAAAUGUAAUUUCGAUGUUGAGGUGCCAAUGUUAAAUGUAUCGAUUUUUUAAGUAUGGUAAUAGUUGUAUUGACAUCACAGCUGUUCCAUUCGUGUGAAUUGUCGUGAUAUUGAAAAUUACAAUAAUUUAUCCAAAAGUACAAUCUUAUGUAGACAUAAUUACUUAUAUCACCUGCCCAAGUCGCCUUAAUACUAUGCCUCUCUUUGGUAAGUCUCAGAAAAGCCCUGCGGAGCUUGUUAGAUCGUUAAAAGAUGCCGUGACGGCUUUAGAGAGGGGUGAUAAGAAAGCUGAAAAAGCUCAAGAAGACGUGAGCAAGAAUUUGGUACUGAUUAAAAAUAUGCUUUAUGGUACAUCUGAUGCAGAACCACAAACAGAUAUCAUUGUUGCACAAUUAGCACAGGAAAUGUAUAACACUAACUUGUUACUGCUUUUGAUACAGAAUUUAAACCGAAUAGAUUUUGAAGGAAAAAAAGAUGUGGCCCAAGUUUUCAACAAUGUCCUUAGACGUCAAAUUGGAACACGAUCUCCAACAGUAGAGUACAUUUGUACCAAGCCUGAAAUAUUAUUUACACUGAUGUCAGGGUAUGAACAUCAAGAGAUAGCUUCCAACUGUGGCACGAUGCUGCGAGAAUGUGCUAGAUAUGAGGCUUUGGCUAAAAUAAUGUUGUAUUCAGAUGAUUUUUAUAAUUUCUUCCGUUAUGUAGAAGUUUCCACUUUUGAUAUUGCCUCAGAUGCCUUUUCUACUUUUAAGGAAUUGCUAACAAGACAUAAAAUUUUGUGCGCCGAAUUCUUAGAAGCCAACUAUGAUAAAGUAUUCAGUCAUUAUCAACGACUUUUGAAUUCUGAAAACUAUGUAACUCGAAGGCAAAGCUUAAAGCUGCUUGGUGAAUUAUUGCUCGAUCGUCACAACUUCUCGAUUAUGACACGUUACAUCACUAAUCCAGACAAUUUAAAACUCAUGAUGAACAUGUUGAAAGAGAAAUCACGUAAUAUACAGUUUGAGGCCUUUCAUGUGUUCAAGGUAUUUGUAGCAAAUCCCAACAAACCAAAACCAAUUUUGGAUAUUUUGUUGAGAAAUCAAGACAAGUUGGUAGACUUCCUCACCAAGUUCCACACGGACCGUUCAGAAGACGAACAAUUUAAUGAUGAAAAGGCUUAUCUUAUAAAGCAAAUCAAAGAGCUUAAACCGUCAGAACAUUAACAUUUAUUGCAUUUCAUAAAAUUGCCACUUCCUCCUCGAAAAGAAGUUAGAUUAUAGAUGCUAUUAUAUUUAAAUGCUUCUAAGUCACCAAAGGGUGUUCUGCGGCGCAAAACACAGAGGUUCCAUAAAAUUUUAAAUCUUAUUUUUACAUUUGGUCUGUGAUGAGUCAAGGAAAGUAUGUAUGUGCUACGAGCAAAGUAACAUUUUAAAAAGCAAUUUAGCAAUUAGUCUUACUUAUGGUUUGACUUAUAUUUUUUGUAAGUUGUCAAAACCAUUUUUAGCUUACUGACAUGUAGUGACAUUAUCCUCAGUCACAUACAUUAAAUUCAUUCACAUGUAUGUGCCUAUAAAUUCAGAUAUACAUAUUACUAUUAAACUUGAUUUUUUAAAGUUAGAAAAAGAAAACAGGUACCGAAGAUCUAAGGAGUUUUGUAUAUAAUUGACUUUUAAUUCGAAUGUUUUUAAAGAUUUUAUUCCAUUAUCAAAAGUAUAUUGUUGAAGAUAAAGUUAUGUAUGUAUAAAAUGUUUGGUUUCAGACAAUGGUAUUAAAAAUUGUUUUUUAUGCAAUUGGAAAAAUUCUAUCCAUUAGUGCUUAUUAGUGAUUGCAAAAUUACACCUUUUUUUUUUCAUUGAACAUCAAUUAUUAGUGAUGUACAAUUUUUCAUAAAUGCUAGAUCAAUUAUUUGUAUAAUGAUUUCUAUUUUGUGAGCAUUACUUUAGAACGGAAUAAAUAAAUAUUUAUAUCAUUUUAAAA